AUGGAUUCAAUUUUCGAAAAUUGGUCUCCUUUCUCUUCAUUCGCAAUCGACAAAACAAUGUCAAGUGUUACGUUGAUUCAAACACAUACAUAUUUGCAUAAUAAUAAUAAUAAUAAUAAUAAUAAUAAUAAUAAUAAUAAUAAUAAUAAUAAUAAUAAUAAUAGAUGUUUCUCUUUUUCUGCGAUGCAUCAUUUGAAUGUGUUUGGGCACCGAUUUCAGUGCAUAUCUCCUGGAACACUGUUAAUACGUGCAUCCUCAAUAGCACAGUUACCAAUAGUACAAAUACAUCAGAACGUCGAAUCGAACGACUAUUUCGAUGCAUUCUCACUGAAUGCACAUUCACAAAUAGAGAAUGAUUAG